GGCCGAUAAUUAAACCACCUUAAACAUCUUCCAUUUCUCUUCAAAUCCUAAUUACCUUCAAUCACAAAUGACCGCACAAGCAGCUUCUUCAAUGGCUCCCUCGUCGUCGCAGGAGCCUUUUCAACGAUCACCAUGGCACUCACCGGUGCCGUAUCUCUUUGGAGGCCUUGCAGCCAUGCUGGGACUCAUUGCUUUUGCUCUCUUAAUCCUCGCCUGCUCCUACUGGAAACUCUCCGGUGACAUGGACAACAGCGGUGAGGGAGAGAGAGACCUUGAAGCCGGCGACUCGAAACCCAAUGAUCACGACAAGGAUCCACCUGUUUUGGAAGAGAAAUAUCUGGUAAUCAUGGCGGGACAAGCAAAACCAACGUUUUUGGCAACGCCUGUUUCGAGCAGAGCGUCAUCUUUUGGUAGUUGUAGUUCUCGGGACGACUCAACAUCGUCGACUGAAAAAUCAUCACCGUCGGAGGAGAAGGAGAAGGAGAAGCAAGGAAUGAACACGGAAAACCAGGAGACGGCAGACCAGGUCCCUUAGUAUUUCGGAAAUAGAAUGCAAUUUUUUUCCCUCUCUUCCAAAUAUUCUUGGAGUAACAAGUGAAGCAACCCCAUGUGGUAGUGAUUGUGGGCUGCAAACUUGAGUUGGAGGGUUUACAUUGGUACUGAUCAGAGGGCAUUACGUCCUUUUUUCUAAAGACCCCAAGUGGGGGAGAACCCUCAUCGUCCCUAUAAUUUUACGACAAUAUCAAAACAUGGGACUCAACUACGCUUGGUGUGAGUUUUGACAACUAAAACAAACUAACCAGCACUGUCUCCUUUGUUUGUUAUGUUCAUAUAUAAAAACUUCAGAUGAAAAUCGAUGUGGAAAUUAAGAACAAUACGAUAUCGAUAGAGGUGUUUGGCAUUUCUUCAUCUAUAAUGGUUAUUUUAAUAUAAAUUGUGACAUAUAGUUAUC